CGCGAGCCGAGUCGAGGUCGUCUGUCUCUGCUGCGCUAUCAUGUUGGCUUUUCCUCCUUCUUUUGGCUCCGCUUGAGUCAGUUAGCUUUUACCACCCGGAGAAAUCGGAUCUAUCUACCCGGGGCUCUGUUGCUGGUCGGUUUACUUGUUUUUUUUCUCGGGUUUUUUACUCAUUUCAACGCUCUCUACUUGUUCCAUCGAGGCAAGUCGCGAUCGCGAGUUAUUUUUUAUUGCUCAGGUGUGUAUGAGUGAGGAGCUUUCGUGAACGAAAGAAGAAGAAGCAGAAAGGGGGUGUUGUGAGGAAGAGAGACCCCCGCGCAAGCAUUUCUCUUCGGGCCCAAUUUGGUCGCCACUAUCGUCGUGUGCGAUGGGGGAACAGUAAAUUCCUGUAAAUUUACACUCACACAGUGUGAGCGAUCGAUCGACGAAUCGUUCAAAUAGUCGUCAAGGGAAAGAAGAAAAUAUUUUCACCUGAGGAAAAAAAAGAGAAAGAUGAGCGCAACGAGACCGCCAAGUGGCGACACGUGAGACGUAAGAGGCGACGCAUACGUGUCAGGUUGAGACGGAAAUUCACUUAAGUGGUAACUGAAAAUUUGUGAAAAUUUUAUGCAAUCGGAAAAGUGGUGAUCGCAGAAGUCUUUGCGGGAAACAAAGUUGGCCCCAGUGCUGAAAGGUGAUUUAUGUAUGUGAGAGUGAGAGUGAAAAAGCUUCGCCCUUCGCCUUCCAGUGUUGUGAAGUUGAUAUUCAAAUUGGACCCCCGGGGGGUUCCCCUUCAGAAGAGCGCAGAAAUUAUGCUCUAUGCAAAUGAGGAGGUGUUUGUGGCAAAGUCAGCAGCGACCAAUGUGGUGAAUGUGUUGUGUGACCGAAAGUGAAAGAAACACAAUCCGAAGGGAAUUUACGCGAGAACGAUCGAGGGACGAUCGACAACGAAGACGACGACUUGUGACCGCAGAGCGACCACGAAGACGAAGAAGGCAGAGGUGAUCUUGAAGUAAAAGUGAAACUAACCAAAGCAAACGGAAUUCCGAGAUUGGAUUGGAAAAAAAGAAACAGGCACAACAACAAACACAAAACGUACUUAGGACAAGUUAAGCCAAACGAAGAAAACCGAAACAGAAAUAAGAAGCGGAACAAACGAGAUUGCGUGUGGAAGUAAAGAAAAAACCUGCUCCUCCAGUGGAUCCCGGGUCUUUGGCUUCUUUUAUGGAAUAAACACUGCAGCAGUCCCAUCAACACGAGAACAGACAUCCUGGACUAACAACCCUCCGUCUUCUUCCCACCAUCCACAUCGUUAGUCGUUCCAAUGAAGUCUUCAGAGGAUGAUCACCGGCUAUCCUGGCAGCAGCACCAGAAGCAAUCACGAAAGACAAAGCACAUUCAGUCUGAACGAACCGCCAAUUAUCGCCGUCUCAGCCUGUAGCACAACCAUCACCACCGAGUCAGAUUAUCGACGUCUGCUUCAUCGUCAUCUUGUUGUCGCCCUCAGGAGGGGACCCACACCGGAAAAGAUCCGACCUCACAGCGAAGCAACAACCAACGAAGAUUGCCAUCAAAGCCAAACCCAAGAUACACACAUAAUCACAGAAAUUAGCGUCGCGCAACGAUUUCAGUAUGAAAUUGCCUCACAAUAGAAUCAUCGUUUAACGGAUAUCAUUAAGCAAAACGAAAACGAGAGUGGGAGCGGAAUCAGCUGAUUGAAAGCGAAAACAAUUCACGACAAAACCAAAAGCGCAACGAACGCGCCGAGGUAAAUUUGCGAACAAGCGAAACGAAACCGAAAUUUGAAAUGUCAUUCAAACGAUCGAGUCCCACUAGUAGUAGCAGCGCCGUGGCCAUGCUAAUCCAUCAGACGUACAUUUGCGGCCUGAUCGGUCUACUGGUGGCGUCACAGCUGUCUCACGCGACUACGCCUUGCAGCAACUCAGAAGACUGUACAAACGAAAGCCUAGCCACUAGCACUAGCAGUAAAUCUAGGAGAUCGGCGUCACCUAUACUGAAUGACGUCGGAACGAGAAACAAAGACUUUCUACUUUUCGAAAACAAUAAAGUUGAUCAGGAUGUGGCACCGGCAACGAAGCAACGAAGCGGGAAGGACCUGCUCGAUGAUUCGUUCCAAUUCAGUAAGAAUAUGGCGAUGAACUUAACCGGUUCGUCCCCCAAUGCUCCACCCUUCAUAGUGGCGAACAACAUCAACGGACGACAAAACGCGAACCCGGAUAUUCAGGAUAUUAUCACGGGCAUCGUGAAGCUGUUGAACGGGAAUGUUAACGUACAUGCCAAUACGCAACCAACUAGGAGGCAUUCGGCCACUAGAAUCAACAACCGAGGUCCUCCAAGAAUAUCAGAGGCUCAACCAGUUCCGAACGAAUUCGAAGGAGAUUUGAACACACCUCCGACUUCGUCGCGGCCUCCUUAUAACUUCGAGCGACCACAGACACCGGUAAGACCGUUCCUCACGGGUGUACCUAUUCCGGAGCAGAUUGUGCCUUCGAUGCAACAAACCAACCGACCUGGAUUUGUAUCACAAAAUCGACCGCCAUGGCAACGGCCUAAGCCAAGACCUCCAAUAUCACCUAACCGAAGACCUAUGCCUCCGUACAAGCCUUAUCCAACAAACAUAGACUUUGUGAAACCGGAGCCCGAUCAUUCCCCGAUAACUGUUGCCCCAAGCGAGAGCAAUUCAAUUAGUGAAACUACCGAAAAGCUCCUGGUAACCGAUGAUCCGGAAACCAAGCCAUCCGUAACAACAACUACUGAGAAUGAAGUACAUGAAAUUACCACUGAUCCUCCCGUUCAAGAACACAAAGAACCAGAGAAACCGGUUAAAAAGGUUGACAAACCCAAUGCUAAACCUCCUAUGACAGAAGUUCAAUACACAAUUGAACCUGCUGGAGUAGACUCAUCUUCAGAUCAUGAUCCUACUUCGUCGGAACCAUUCCACACCGAAGUUCCAAGCGUCUACGAAAUUAACUCUAUCGAGUAUCUCCCUUCAACUUCAGAACCAACUGCCAGUGUGUCACUAGAGCCAUCUACAAGUGAAUCAUCUACUCCCACUGAGUUGAUUAUGCCAACGAAAACUCUCACUCCUGCCACCAUGAUCUCAACUUCUACCGGUACAACAGAAAAUACAUCCACUUCUACUUCAACUUCCUCCAUGGUUAUCAAUAAGUCGGAGUCAACCAGCAGUUCUUCGAUUCCAACACCUUCCCUACCUCCACCGGUGUCUUCCACCACAACUGACUAUCGUUUCCAUCCCCGUCCCGGUCUAGUCCUAGACGAUCCGGACUUCAAACCAGGUGGCAAAAAACCGAUCAUUCGAACCCAAAAUCACUAUCAACCGCAACCGGAGAUUCACCAAUCUACCGGACUGAACCUUCCCAACUACGGCGAAAUAUUCGAUGUGACACUGUCCGCCAUCCAGGGUCCGGCUGGUUCCGGCUCGCAACAAACAAUCAAAAUCAAUCCUUACCGACCGCAGAACGUCCAACCGGAUGACGACGCCAGCAUUAUACUCACCGCCAGUGGCGACGAAGGUUUCGUAUCGAUCGACGGCAAACGAUCCUACAUCGAUUUGUUUGGCGAUUCGAAAACUCUAGCACCGACUACGACCAACGAAGUGGUUCGACCAACUCUUGCACCGGGAGUAACUGGAACGGGCUACGCCGUGGCCGAGACAGAACCUCCCCAGCCACAGGCUCCUGUUGCAGUACCUCAGCAGCCUCCACCACCACCUCCUCCUCCAUCGAUCCCGCAACCUCCGGCCACUCAACAGUCUCCCGGAGCACACCGUCCGCUUCAUCACCGACCAAAAUAUCCACUUCCGCCGGUACGGAUCGAUACCUGUAUCGUUGGAGAUGACUCCACGUGUGACCAAGCGCAGAACGAGCGCUGCAAAACGGAGAACGGGGUGUCCAGUUGCCACUGUCGGCCAGGGUACGCCCGGAGGAAACACCGGGAACCAUGCCGGCGGAUAGUGUCGUUGAUGCUGUCGAUGCGGGUAGACAAGAUCUACGAGCGACGAAUCCAGUGGGACAAUGUCCUAGCCAGUCGAGACAGCGAGAAAUUCCAACAGCUGAGCUACGAAGCUGUCCGGGCGAUGGACUCCGCUAUGUCGAUGACACCAUUUUCGGACGAGUUCAUGGAAGCACGGGUGAAUGGAAUCUACACCACCAAUCCGGCUGCCACCGGACUCCGGGGGGUGUUUGUGAACUACACGAUCAGCAUGGACGAGAAUGCGGAAACGCUGCGACCACAGCUCAAGUCCGACAUUCAACGACACCUCCUGGGAGUGAUCCACCGAAGAAAUAACAAUAUCGGCAAUUCGGCACUGUACGUGGACAGCCCUACGGGUGCGGUGUCCAGCGUGCAGGACGUAGAUGAAUGCACAUCGGACGAACUGAACGAUUGCGACGACGAGGCCAAGUGCACCAACAUGUUCGGGACGUUCCGUUGCGAGUGUGGGUUCGGAUAUCGGGAUCCUUGGGCCGAUCAACCCCAACGGGCGGGAAGGGAAUGCUUGUCCUGUCCGGAUUCGUACUGUAAUAACCGCGGAACGUGUAUGUACGACAAUACGAAUAACAAGCAGGUUUGCAAAUGUCUGGGCAGUUACUAUGGAACGCAGUGCGAGAUUGACGGCGAAGUGCUGGGAGUUGCAGUGGGAGCCUCCGUGGCUGCGGUGGUGAUCAUCGUUCUGACGUUGAUUUGUUUGAUCAUGUGGAGCCGCAAAUGGCAACGUGAGCACAAGAACGCCAUGGGCAGCCCGGUGUUUGGCUACAUGGGUGGCGGUCAGGUCAAGACCCCCGUCAUGGGUCAAGCACCCUACCAGGUGACCCUCGAGGAUCGGAUGCGUUGGGCCCAGAUUGCGGACGUGAUGGCCCAAGCCAAUCACUAUGCAACUUUUCCGACCCUACAGGCUGAACCUGUGGCACCACCGAGACCAGCAUCGGCCAUGUAUGGCUACCCAAAUCUGCAGACUAUCGGCAACAUGAACACACUGAGCAUGCACGGCACCUUACCGCCGAUGCACGCUGGAACUCUACCGCCCGUCCCGCUGCCGAGUAUUUUAAACAGGAGUCUGGGACUCAACCGCAACGGCAUGCGGACACUGGAAAACUCCAGCUCCAGCGAGGAAGAGGACAGAGCAGACCUGCUCGGAAGGAACUUCAACGUUCCUCGACCAAAAAGUCGGAGUAACGCGAGCGUAACGUCCGGAAUCUACUACGACGUGGACUACGCGCCCACAGGUGCGGAACAACUGUACGGAAUGGCCAGCACCCUCAGCGCUGGAACGGCACCAGUGUCGACCUCCAAGCCCCAGAGUAAUAUACCAAUGAGCACGUACACGUCCGGCAGUCGGCCGGUGCAGACUUCGUACUAUAAAUAAGAGUAAGCCAGCAGAAGCCGUGCGAAAUCCCAGUGAAUUCACGACCAGUGUUCAAGCCGUUCAAGCAAAGAGACCGAAAAACUGAUAUUUAUUAGGAAUCUCUUAGGGUGCGACUCGGAAAUUAAACAAAGAGAUUGAUUUCUUUCCAGGAAACGAGUUGAUGAAGAAAAAAACUGUCGCGUCGAGAGAAAACAUUAGAAGCGGAAUAUUUUAGUUUUAUACGUUAGAUUUGUAUAAUCUCUAAAAUUUCCACGUGAAUACGUGGACAAAAGAUAAAGGUAAUCCCCUCCCCCUGUGUAUAGAAACUGUGAAACUGAAAAUCUAUUUAAAUUUAAAAAAGGACAAUUAGAUUAUUAACAAGAGAAGCUAGGAACGCAGAAGAUAAGGAUUAUCAAAAGAAAGAAAUCAUACAAAAAACAGCUUCUUGUUCUAGGUCGAAUUAAAGUAGUGAAUGUGCUUGUUUUUAGAUUAUUAGAGAGAUAAAGAUAUUGCUAAAAGUAUUAAUUGAGUAAUAAAUACAUAAGUGACGUGUUGAUAAUUGAACUGUCCUUCGAUGGAAA